ACACUAUACAGUAGUGCGCAUGCGCGGCGCCGGAAGCGUGUGUACGAUUAGGUUGUUGCUGUGGAGAGUUUUAAGACAAAUCUAAGUUGGCUAUCUAUUUAGGGAUACCAAAUACGUAAGGUUGAUAUUUGUCACGUAUAAAUAUAUAAAUAUAGAUAUAUCCAGAUCUAGGAAGUGUUUCCUUGAGAUUUUGUCAGACGGUGUCCUUCAUAGUACCUUCGCGAAAUGCGUCUCAGUGUCCGCGCGCUGGUGUCGCAUGGGCGCGUGGCUCGGCGGAUGGGCCUCGGGCCUGAGUCCCGAAUAAACAUGCUCCGGAACAUCCUUACGGGUUUGGUUCGACAUGAGAGGAUCGAGACUACACGAGCCCGAGCCGACGAGGUUAGAUUUUACGCUGAAAAGUUAAUUGACUAUGCCAAAAAAGGAGACACUAAUCAAAAGUCAAUGGAAAUGGCAGAUUUUUGGCUUACGGAGAAAGAUCUGAUUCCUAAGCUUUUCAAAGUACUUGCUCCAAGGUUUGAAAAUCAGUCCAGUGGAUAUACACUGAUGGCCCGUAUUCCAAACAGGGAGAACCUGGACCGUGCUGCUAUGGCUGUUCUUGAGUAUAAGGGCAACCCAUUCCCCCCCUUGUUUCCUGUUAAACGUACUAAUGAACUGAACCUGGUUAACCAACUUCUAAAAGGGUACAGAGAAGAGAAAGCCCAACGGACUACUGAAAUUAGGGACUCAUAGAUGAUUAUCAUCAUAUUACACUGUUUUGUCUAACGCCAAAUGUAUUUUGAGACUUGUACUUUCAUCUACAGCAAGAAGAUACAGCCUUUUUUUCUUUCAUACAAAGGUUUGGAUAUAUCAUGCCUUUAUUUAUUUGUGUCAUCUUUUGAACUUGGUAAUAAAAAGAUUUAAUUGAAUAAAAGUAUCUGAUAAUCUUA